GUUUACUGAUCUCCCAAAGCAAGUUGCAGACUUGAGUUGCACUUGGGAAACCUUUUACAAUACAACAGUAUAGAAAAAAAUUGAAUAUGACGUCACAAAGAAAAAGGAAGAUUUCAGGCAGUUCUUCAUUGCAGGCUGAUCCAGCAUCCAAGAAAAGAGUGGAAAAGCUUUUCCAAAAAAAAUUCUCUUACUCUCCAAAUUCAAACAAAAGCAAGUACGCACCACCAUCACUAAGCAUUGCUUGUGAGUGCGGAGAAUGGCUGAUUGAAGAAACCCAGCAGAUGAAGGUGAACUUGAAUGCUGUGAAGGACAAACUCAGUGAUAAGGACAUCUCGCUAUGGCAUGCACAUACAGGACAGAUGAAUUUGGCUGGAACUGUUAUCUCAGAGCUAAGAGAGAAUUUCAAACCAGAACUUUGUACACAAGCUUGGUGUAAAUUUUAUGAAAUUGUGUCGACCUUUAAAUUGAUUGACUUUGGCAAUCCUGAAUUCAAUUCAGUACAUCUAUGUGAGGCUCCUGGGGCAUUCAUCACAAGUCUGAAUCAUUACUUAAUAUCUCAUGAUUACCAAGGAACGUGGACCUGGUUUGGUAACACCCUAAACCCUUACUAUGAGGGAAACAAUGUGAGCCAGAUGAUUGCAGACGAUCGCUUUAUCCUGCACAGUCUGCCCUACUGGGACUUUGGAGCAGAUGGCACAGGCAACCUCAUGGAUUGGGACAACUUGCAGCAACUUGCAGCUACCUGUCAGAAGAUGGCACCCAUCCACCUGGUGACAUGUGAUGGCAGUAUUGACUGUCAGGAUACGCCCGGUGACCAGGAAGCGGUUGUGUCCCGCCUCCACUGCAGUGAGGCUUUAGCGGCCAUGACCAUCCUCUCACCCGGGGGUUCUCUUGUCCUCAAAAAGUUCACAAUGUUUGAGUGCGAGACUGUCUGCCUCCUGUAUCUUCUCAACUGUGCCUUUGACCAGGUUGAAGUAUUCAAACCAGCCACCAGCAAAAGUGGAAACUCUGAAGUGUACGUCAUUGGUACAGGCUUCCAUGGUAACAGUACCAUAGCGGGGCUCACAGACUAUGUUAAACACUAUUUCCAAAACGGAGCUGUUCAGAUGCUGUUCAGGCGAGAAUGUAUCCCUGACACUUUUGUAUCCGAACAUGUGGCAUGUUGUGAAAUGUUUACAUCACUCCAAAGGGAGACAAUCUGCAACAAUUUGGACCACUAUCCAUCAGUGUCUGAGCAAUACGUCCUGUGGCUAGAGACUAUGAGGGACUACUGUGCAGAAAUGUACAUCACAAAGUUUGACCUCAAGCAAAUAUCAGUUAACUGUAGAAUAGGUCACAGUUACAGGAAGAAGAGACUGAGCCAUUCCGCACAGAGCUUCAAAAAUGACUAUACACCAUUUGACCAGAAACGACGCUCAGGAACCUUCACAGAUAGACAUAAUUCAAAUGAAUUACCAUGGCAACAAAGAGUUCAUCACCUUGACAGAUACAAUGUGAAGCCCCCAAAGAUCAUUUGGUGUCAGUUUGAGGCGUUUCUGGAGGAUAUGGAUGGUGAGGACUGUUCAUGUGGCAAGCCAGUGUCCCGUCUCAUCAACUCCCGCUUCUGUGAUGGCAAACUCAUACAGCAGAUGCAGGAACUCAUACAAAAUGCCAAGGAUUACAGAAACAGCCUACACGCUCCUCCAUUGUCAUCUGUCAGUCAUGCUUUAGAUGGCCUCACUCAUGACUGUGAGGAGUCCACGGGAAGUGAGUGUGAGAGGUCAGAGGUCACAGAGGAAAAGUCAGACUACACUGUUGUCCUGCUGUCUGAUGAAACUCCAUCAUCUGACGACGAUAAAUGGGAAGAUCCUAGGAUAUCAAAAGUACUGCACAUGGGGUUAACAUCAGUCAAGUCUCCUGAUGAAGAUGACAACAUCAUUUUCUAUGUGGAUAUCACAACAGACAAGUACUGUGGGGAGAUGGAGAUUCUGUCUCAGUGUACCCUGUUGUCAUGGACACACACACUUUUAAAGAAACUAAAGAUGGCAGACUCGCUGAUAGUCCGAAUGUCCACCUGCCUGACGCGGUUCACUGCUGGCAUAGUGUAUAUGAUGGGUCACAGUUUCAGUAGGAUUGGUUUCCUUCAAGACACAGAUGGGACAAGAGUCCAGCAGCUCCUGAUUUGUGAGGAGUAUGCAGGAGGUCCAGUCAGGGUCCUAAAGCAGCUUGAUGCGAUUCAGGAAAAACUGGAGAACAUUGGUAAAGAAAGCAUUCCACAAACUAGCACAAUGGACUCGGAGCGUGAAUCAGAUGUACAAAGUGAGAUGGAGACUAGAGCAGAGUGUAAUUCAACUUUUCAAGACGAGAGAGAGAAAAUCAGUUCAGGAUCAAAGUUGACUCUGAUGGAAACUGUGCCAUUGACAAUUCUACUACAGGAUUCCCUGUUUGUGGCCUCUCUAUGUCAUAGUAAUGCAACCCUUCUGAGGAGCUUUGUGAGAAUGGUAGGGGACCGGGAGAGGGAGCUUUAUCCUAUGGAAACUCAGCCUGAUCGACUUGAAUGAAGGACAGGUGAUGAUUGGCCUGAUGUGCAGAGAAAGAACUGUAAGGGACUGGUGGUCAAGGAGGACUGACUUCCAGGGCCUAUUGUUGGGAGGGCAGAAUGACAUGGAACUGAUAUAUGGAGGGCUGACUUACAGGGCCUAUUGUUGGGAGGGCAGAAUGACAUGGAACUGAUAUAUGGAGGGCUGACUUACAGGGCCUAUUGUUGGGAGAGCAAAAUGGCAUGGAACUGGUAUAUGGAGGGCUGACCAGCAGGAGACUAGUGAAGGGAGGACAAACUAGCAGCAACCCCUGGUGUGAGGAGGAGAGACAAGAUUCGGUAAUAAUGUGGGGAGGAGUGACUAGAAGAACACUUGUUUCAAGAGGGCCAAAUAGUACGAGACUGGUGUGGAGAGGGCCGACUAAGAGGGGACUAAUUCCAUGAGGGCUUAUUAGCAUUGGACUAGUUCCUAAAGAAUUGACUAGUCUGGGACUGGCAUGGGGAGGGUUGACUAGUCUGGGACUGGCAUGGGAAGGGUUGACUAGUAUGGGACUUGUAUGGGGAGGGUUGACUAGUAUGGGACUGGCAUGGGGAGGGUUGACUAGUAUGGGACUGGUAUGGAGAGGGUUGACUUGUAUGGGACUUGUAUGGAGAGGGUUGACUUGUAUGGGACUGGUUUCGAGAGGGUUGACUAGUAUGGGACUGGUA